GGUUAAUCCCUCAGAAAAGAAAGGAACCGCGCCAAUGACUGCUGAGGCCACCACCUCCAAAGGCACCGUGCUGGCUCGGUCGCUCAAGGAGGCUGAAAUGCAGUAUUCGUCGGCCAAGGUAUCAGUGUGGUGGGACAUAGAGAACUGCCCUGUGUCUCGUGGCUGCGACGCGCAUUCGAUCGCAAAGAACAUCAGCUCCGCACUGGUUCGCAUGAACUACUGCGGCCCCGUCUCCAUCUCAGCGUACGGCGACACCAAACGCAUUCCAUCGUCCGUGCAGCACGCGCUCUCCAGCACCGGCAUCUCCCUCAACCACGUUCCCGCAGGUGUGAAAGAUGCAAGUGACAAGAAGAUUUUAGUUGAUAUGUUAUUCUGGGCGGUGGACAACCCUGCUCCUGCGAAUUAUUUGCUUAUUUCCGGAGAUAGGGACUUCUCGAAUGCCCUGCAUCAGCUGCGCAUGAGAAGGUACAACAUUCUUCUCGCUCAACCACUAAAAGCUUCGGUGUCCCUCACUGCUGCUGCUAGGAGUGUGUGGCUCUGGACUAGCCUUUCUGCCGGUGGGCCACCACUAUCCAGUGGCAGCUCGUCAAACAUUGCAAGUAAUACCCAAAGCUUUAGUUCUGAAACGGUUCAAAACCGUGUUUCUGAACCAUCUCAACCAAGAUUCAAAGAAAAAUACACCAACUGCGAUGCAAGCCAAUUUCCAGAGAGUAAGACUAAGAACAAUCAUUGCUCUAAUCCGGAACUUCCACAGGCAAAGUUGUUUCCCAGGGCUCCCCAUGAAUUCUUUUGUAAUAAGCCCAACAUCGCAACUAUUAGUUCUGCACUUAGUCUUCCAAGCCACCAAGAUCACUCAAAAAGCAGUGGUAGUAACUCUAGUGGUGGAAUUCCUCAUGAUUCACAGAAUAGCUUUUUGAGGCAAAACAACCUCCAUGAUCAUCAGGAAUCUAGACAAGAUUAUAGAAUAAGUACUAGUCAGUCGCCUAAUGUUGUCAGCUUAACUACAUCAACAGAGCAUAAUCCACAUGCCAGUCAAGCAUCGUGUUAUGAGAAUGUGGACAAGGGGUCUUCUCGUAAUUGUGAACAGUCUAACACUUCUUUGUCCAGCUUCAUCCCUAAUACCAGUUCUAGCGAUAUCUGGGGAGCUAAAUUUCUACGACCACCUUCUGAGUACGACCAACAUCUUAUAGGCUGCAUUCUGUUAACUUUAGACACCCUGAAGACUGAAAAGGUUAUGCCUACUCACGGAAAUAUUUCUGAUUGCAUUCGAUAUGGAGAUGUGAGAUAUCAGACAAUCGAUGCCAGGAAGGCUUUAGAUUGUGCAAUAGAGCACGGAAUGGUAGUAAAACAAAGCAUAGGUUCAUUGAAUUUUUAUGUUAACAAAAAUGGGAAACUCUGGAAGUGUGUGAACCCAAUAGGUGGUUAUCCUAAUGAUUUCUCAGACGCAACAUGGGCUAGAAUACAGCAAUUCCUUUCUUCACCAACUGGAAAAUCGUCAAUUUUGGCAUCCCGUUGCAGAUAUGAAGCAUCGCUUAUUCUUAGGAGAUCAUGCAUGGAGAAGGAGGUUUUAGGUGAUGUACUUAAGAUUCUGGAGAUGAUAAUCUCGGUCAAGAAGUGGAUUAUACAUAACCAUUCCGGGGAGUGGCAGCCGAUUACUAUUACACUUGAGCAGAGUUGAGAUGUUGCAGAGAGUAGUUCUCCUGGUUCUGGUGUUAAACCAGAUCAAAAUCUGCUUAACGUCAAUGGUUGCAUACACAUACACACAGAUACAUUCAUACAUAUAGUUAAUGGAAGGAAAGAAGGUUGGAUAGAUCAAAUGAUCAAUGUGAGGUUUCUUUGAAAAUCUGUGGAAAACCGAAGACGCAGGGACGGCAUACAUAUUAUGAAUAUAAAUAUGCCGUUGAUCAAAUUUUGCUUUUAUUAGGUUAACCCAAUUGUGUAGCAUCGGAGUUGAACCAAAUA